AGGGACUAUGUACACAUUGUACCCAAUUUUUAUUUCAAUUCCCCACCGCCAUUUCACCCUUCUCCCUCCACCUACAGCUUAAAGCACCCCUUCUGUGAUUUCUCAUCGGAGUACCGUCACCGCCAAAACAACUUCUAAUUCUCCUCUUCUUCGAUCGGAGUGUUAGGGUUUUCAAAAUCCUGGAUAGGGCUCCCCGAUCGGAAGAUGCGGAGCGAUCCCUCUUCCCCUGAGGCCCGUGACGAUGCCGCACACCCGCCGCAGCCCCUCCUCGCGCCCGCCGCCUCCUCCCCCUCAUACUCCUAAUCGCGAUCCCCCACCUACCGGGAUCGCGAUCCGCGAAGGAGGGGGCGGGUUAGGGUUCCGACGAGCCCCUUGGAGCCCCCCCGCCAUCGCCGCGGCGGCGGAGGAUGAGGUGCACCGCCCCUUGCUUGGAUCGGCGGCGGCGGAGGAGGAUGACGACGGCGAAGCGAUGAUCGAUGAGUACGGACGAGGUCUGCUGCCUCGGCCGCAGCAGCUGCAGCGGCUCCCGAGCGGCGGCGGGGGCAGUAGCUACGGGGGGAGCUUGUUUACCUUGGAGGCGAACGGGUUCUCGGGGUCGACCGUGACUUUCGACGGGAGCGAUUCCGGUGUCGGGGUGGUGACGGUGGACGGGGGAAGAGAGGCGAGGGAGAGGCCCAGAGCGGGCGAUCGGAGCUGGGCGCAGAGGGCGAGGGAGAGCUACUACCUGCAGCUGUCGCUGGCGGUGCGGCUCACGUCGCAGGCAUUCCUGGCGGAGCAGCCGCAGUCGCCGCAGGAGAGCGCGCAGGGUAUCUGGGGGUUGCCGUCGGAUUCGGAAACUGUAUCCUAUCGGCUCUGGGUCACUGGUUGCCUGUCGUUCUCUGAUAAGAUAACUCAUGGCUUCUAUAACAUAAUGGGCAUGGAUCCGUACUUGUGGUCAAUGUGUAAUGAGGCAGACGAGGGUAAAAGGUUGCCCUCGUUGACGGCUCUUAGGGAGGUUGAUUCGACUGAGUCUUCAAUGGAAGUUGUUCUUAUUGACAGACAUGGAGAUUCUAAACUAACAGAGCUCGAAAGAAGAGCCCUCGAGCUAUAUUAUGCGUCAGGAAUUACUUUAGAACUUGUUGAAAAGCUCGGAAGACUUGUUUCUGGCUUCAUGGGGGGAGCAUGGAAGAUGGAGGAAGGAGAUCUCUAUAGACAAUGGAAAUCAUGUAGUAAACAAUUGCGGAAUUUUCAAGAAUGCAAUGUUAUUCCUAUUGGCAGUCUGUCUGUUGGAUUAUGUAGGCAUCGUGCCAUUCUUUUCAAGGAACUCGCUGAUUUAAUAGGUUUGCCAUGUCGAAUAGCUCAAGGUUGCAAGUAUUGUUCCUCAGCACUUCGUUCCUCCUGUCUUGUCAAGAUUGACGAUGAGAAGAAAUUUGUGAGAGAAUAUGUAGUAGAUCUUGUUGGUGAACCUGGAAACAUCUGUGAUCCGGAUUCAUCGAUUAAUGGACAGUUACUCUCAUCUUUACCUUCACCUUUCCAAGUUUCACAUCUUUUGGGUAGUAAAAACUAUUACACUCUUGAUUCUGAAUGGAAUUGGAUUUCAGUUGGAGAGCGUGGAGGGGUUCAUGUUGCAAAUUCUCAAAAUUCGGGGUUCUGGGAUCAAGUUGCAAGAAAGCCUAUUGAUAAUAACUACGGGCACAAGGACUUUUGUCAAGCAUAUUGCAAAGAAGAUAUAAUGUCAAAUAAAAGUCAUUUAACAAAGACUAGGAAUAACCCAUCUGAUAUGGAGGUACAUAGAAAAAUGAAAUUAACAGAGAUUAAUGAUGAGGCCAAAAAAGCACAUGGCCAUCCUAAUUUCACUGUACCAAGAUACUUGACUAUCGAGCCGUCGCUUGCUAUGGACUGGCUAGAGAUAUCAUGGGGUGAGUUGGACAUGAAGGAACGGAUUGGCGCUGGUUCAUUUGGAACUGUCUACCGUGCUGAAUGGCAUGGAUCGGAUGUUGCAGUGAAGUUCCUCGCUGAUCAAGACUUUCAUGACGAUAAGCUGAAAGAGUUUCUGAGAGAGGUUUCAAUAAUGAAGCGUGUUCGCCAUCCAAGCGUGGUUUUAUUCAUGGGUGCUGUUACAAAGCGUCCGCAUCUGUCAAUAGUGACCGAGUAUUUGCCAAGAGGCAGUCUUUACCGUCUCAUUAAUAGAGCAGCUGCUGGAGAAAUUUUGGACAUGAAGCGCCGAUUACGCAUGGCACUAGAUGUGGCUAGAGGCAUUAAUUAUCUCCAUUGCCUUAAUCCUCCGAUUGUCCAUUGGGAUCUCAAAUCUCCUAAUUUAUUGGUUGAUAAGAACUGGUCUGUGAAGGUUUGUGACUUUGGUUUGUCCAGAUUUAAAGCAAACACUUUCAUAUCAUCGAAGUCUGUUGCGGGAACGCCUGAGUGGAUGGCUCCUGAGUUCCUGCGUGGAGAGCCAUCGAAUGAGAAGUCCGAUGUUUACAGCUUUGGAGUAAUUUUAUGGGAGCUUUUGACAAUGCAACAACCGUGGAAUGGUCUUAGUCCAGCACAGGUUGUGGGAGCAGUGGCAUUUCAGAAUAGAAGGUUGACAAUCCCACAAGGUACAUGCCCGGUGUUAGCAGCUCUUAUUGAAUCUUGCUGGGCUGACGACCCGAGACAGCGUCCUUCGUUUUCUAGUAUCGUGGAUACACUGAAGAAGCUGUUGAAAUGAUCGACGUGAGUGAUUGUGUAGAUUGGUGUGGAAACAGAUGAACAAAUUUUUUGGAGGAUACACGGAUGCUCGCAUUUUGUACUUCUGAUUGGGCAGUAACCUUAACCUUAGGUGGAGUAUAUUACAAGGGGGGAGAUAUCAUGAGCAAGAACUACAUGUGUGGCAUUUUAAUGGCGAGAGCCGAGCACAUCCCGACCUAUUGAUUGAACAGCGUGUUCUUAAUGCAAAUUUGCAACUAGGGGUGGAUUUCUCAGUUUCAACAACAACAACAACAACAACAACAAGCAUCAACUCUCGAAACUGCUUUCGAUACUUAUGUAUAUUAGCAGAGAACUUGACGAACCAAGAGGAGAAAACUACCGAUUUGUGUCAUCCGACAGUUUUGUUGUGCAGCUCAUUAAUUCCACUAGGAAGCAAGUGUGAUAUAGUUUUGAUUGUAUGAAGAAGAUUUUGGUUGUAUGAAUUUUGACGGUCGUUGGUUUGACUACUAUUGUGAUUAUUUUUAUUGUUAAAUUAAAUCUCGAUUCGUUGUAAUUUUUCUUCUUAAUUUGUUGCUUUUGUUGUCGUAUGUGGAAUGUAAUAUUUGGUUAAAAAAAAUAAAAAUAUAUUAUCAUUA